AUGAAUAGUUAUAAAUAUUUAUUUCAAUUACUUUUAAUAUUAUUAUUAUUUUGUUUUGGGACAAUUCAUUCAGUAAAUACAAGAGAUGUUAGUGUUCUCUCAGAAUUCAAUCCCCUGUUUGUCGAUGGAAAUUCUGAAUGUGCUUUCGAUGUUUACAUCUCUGUAAACGAUACUACUCAGGUGAAAUUGAUUACAUUGUCAAGUGGAUCUGGAAAUGUUAUCAACAUAACUUCGACGCGGAUACCUUUUAUGACUCUAGAGAAUCAGAUGUUUCUCUUGAACGUACUUGCCAAUCCUGGUGCGGUAAACCUGACGAUCGAGAUGGACGACGGAAACAACUACUUUUUGGGAACGACAACAUGUUCCGAACAAACUGCUAGAAUCACUGUUAAGGACACCAAAUUCAUUCGAGCGAACGACGGUAGCUAUUAUGGUGUCAUUUUCAUCGAAAAAGACAAUGUCCUCGCCAGCUCAAAUACACUGCAACAAAAUAUCCUCUAUCUACUGGAUGGAUACGCCAGACCUUUGGCCAAUCAAACGGGAACCAUCACUGUUUUAAAUAGAGAUGCUACUCAACUAGGUUUCAAGUUUGCAAUCAGUCAACCAUACGCUUCGUUAAACUCUGAUUUUUAUAUAACAUUAUCUAUCUUUGGUGAUGUUAAGUCAAAAUUUAUUGUUCGCAAUCCAUUCGAUAUAGGUAACUACACUGUAAAUUCUAGAAUAUCUUUUGUUUUUAUGAACGGAAGCACAAAUUUUCCAAUUCAAAAUGCUAUUAUAAAUGAAAAUCCAACAACCAUUCAGGAUACAUUUCCUCAAUUUGCUCAAAUAGAGACAUUUAAUCAAUCAAAAGGAUUCUUGAGCACUGGAGUCAUGCCUGUCAGAGAUUGGGAUAAUCAAACUACCUAUCUCAGUCCAUUGUCUUCCGAUUUAUACUAUAUGCAAGCUGUCUCUAUUGAGUUGAACAUCUAUUCUCUAACUAUAAAUAGGGCUGUCGAUGUCUUUCCAAAUUUUAAUGUUACAGCUGGAAGCUAUCCAAAUGCUGGUUGCUAUAUAUAUAGUGUACCUCCACUGGUGGUUAAUCUCGCCACCACCUUGUCUGCUGUUCUCCCAGCACCAAAGAAAAUUAAUAUCAGAUAUUUUGAUGGUAUUGCAAAUAUUAGAGUUCAAUUCAUUUCAGUUUAUCCGAUAAGAAGUAUUAGGUUCUCUUAUUUGGAGAUGACUCAAUCAAAUUUGGUGUCUGGAAGUACUACUGCUGGUGUUCUAGAGGCAAACAUCGAAGGAAACAACAUGCUGCUGAUGAAAAAUGAAUAUAUGAUAGUCUCUGACCAAUCGAAUUACCAAAUGGGAUUGUCAAACUUGUUCUAUACCAACAUAACAACCAAUACAUCCUUCCAAAUCGAAGAUAUCACCUAUUUCGAGUUUGGAGUAAACAACAUGGAACUAAAAAGUGGUAUUGAUGUAAAGAAUACUCUUUUCUUAAAAGUUAGAAGCCCAAUACCUUAUUUUACACCAUCUCUCAGUUUCCCAAAUACUGGAAAAUCAUUUUCUGGUGUAUUUGUUCCAGAACUUCAAUUAUAUUAUAUCAAUUUUGAUGUUAUCUCGUCACAAAUAGCUGGAAAUAUGACAUAUACUCUAUCAAAUGGAAUCGAUACUUUCUCGAAUAGUUAUCUUGAGCUAGUAGGAAUUAAAAAUGCUACUUUAACAAUUACAAAAUCAAACAUUACUGCAAUUCCCGCUCUCAAAGUUCUUGUCCCAAGCGAUUCGAAUCGCACAAUUGGUUGGUCCGUUGCAAUUAGAGAUCAACCAAAUGGAUUUGAGUAUGGUUUGGCUCGUGUAAUAUCAUCUGCCAAUACUGUUCCCAUCGAAAUAUAUUUUAAUGGCGCCACUCGUACAUAUGGCAAUGCGAAUGAUGGACUAUAUAAUAUAUAUUUAAACAUUUCUGGAAAUUGUGCGACACAAACCUAUAGAUUGAUGAAUUUGUAUCUUUUUGAUAAGAGUAAUGUUAUUCAAUUCGAUGCUCUAUUAUCGAUGAUUGGACGAAGGGAUGAUCAAUUAUCAAUAACUGCCAAUUGUCAAGAUCCAAUUGAUAUAGAUCCACCAGAAUUAGUUUCUUUAGUGGCAAAUGAAUUUGUUGACGUUGGAUCUAAUCAAAGAACGUUGGUUUUUACUCUUUUUGGAGCUGAUUCUGGAAGUGGAAUGUCAAAGUCUGUUACACCAGUGAUUAAACUUAUUCCACAAUAUCCUUAUGAAGUUUUAACAAUACCAACAGUUGUAAAUGGCUCAAAUGCCAAAGGAGUUACCUAUAGAGCAACAAUAGAUCUUCCUUAUGGUUAUGGUUGUGGUGAUAGUUUCAUAUUUUCAGUCUAUGGGUUGGUUGAUAAUCAUAUGAAUUUCAUUUCCUAUACCUCGAUUGACUUAGAGAAAAAUGGUAAGCCAUACUUUGUAAAGAGAUACUUUAAUAUUACAACACCUGUUCUCCAAUCAACAUCAACUGUCACCCGAAAUCAAAAUAGUUUCUAUGUCCAUGGUAAGGGAUUUGGUUUGAACGUCAUGCCACCUGCAAUCACAGCAUAUAUAAACUAUGGAAAUGGAUAUCAAAUUACUUCAUUUGAAUACAUCUCACAAACAUUAUUGAAAUUUAAUAUUCAACCUAGUAUCGGACCAUUGAAGAUCUUUGUUACUGUCAAUUCAAAGUCCUCGAAUGAAUUGGUUGUCCUAGUAUCUAACCCAUCUCCUUGGGUUGGUUUAAUUCCAAUUCCAACUGUGACACCAACCUCAUCACCAUCUCCAAGUUGUCCAGGAAAUUGUAACAAUCGAGGACAGUGUACUUUCGACGGUUGUCGUUGUAACUUACCAUACUAUGGUCCAUCUUGUUCUUCUGAGGCAAUCAAUGUCACACCUCCAGCUCCACAAACAACACCAGUCACUUCAAACAAUAUCACUAUAAAUGACAAUGUCGAUUUUGAAACAUCAAUGAAAGUCACAACGAUUAAGGAACUCGAUGCAGAAUUGAAGGAAAUCAAAACAUAUACUCCAACAAACUGGAAACUAGAUGACCAAAGCACUGACAAUCAGACUGUUUAUCUUUAUUAUUCAAAGUUGGAAGGAAGAGAUACAUUCGUCAAUGUAACAAUUGAAUAUUUCAAGGUUCAAACAAAUAUUACAUUUGGUGAUAAACAAAUAGUACUUUCACCUUCUUCCAUAAAAUUUACGGUGGCACUAUCUUCAUUUAGCUUUACAGAUAAACUUUCUAGUCUACAAGUUGAAAUGGAUAUUUCUAUUGGUAGUAAUUCUGAUGAUGCUUGUAUUUCAAAUUCUGUAGGUUUGGACAAUAGCGAUAAUGUACAAUGGCUAAAAAUGAAUAUCGAUAAACAAUCUCUUUAUAGUAGAUUUGUACCCUAUGCUUUGAUUGACGAUAGACCUUUACUAAUUCGUCAAAGACUCUUGGAACAAUCAAACGAAACAAAAUCAACCACCAACAAAGUCGGAAUAAUUAUACCAUUUUAUUUUAAUCAAGUUUUGAUUGAUCCAGAUUUUUCUCAUUUGGUUGAUAUUGAUGAUAGUCCCAGUGCAUGUGAAGGUAAAGAUGACUCUAAAAUAACAACAAAAAUAAUUAUCGGUGUUGUGGUUGGUGUAGUGGGUCUAGCUAUUCUUAUAUCAUUGUCAGUAUUUAUAAUCAAAAAAAUUGGUAAACAUAAUCUUAAAAUCAAAAUUAUCAAGCUAAAGAGAUUAGGUCAAGAUACCACCAAAUAA